CUAUACCGCUAUCGAAUCUAAAUGCGGAUUUUCUGUUUUUUUAUAAUUAUUUAUCACAUCGACUCUACGGAGUAAAUUGCUUACUGACUUCAAAGGUAAUCAACUCGAUAGCAGGAAAAUGUCAGGAACCAUGUAAAUUGGUAUAAUAAAUUGACAAUUGGUUGUAAUUAACCAUGAUGGUAUUUUAAACAACAGCUCACAACUAAAUAAAUAGGUUAAACAUCCCACUCACACAUACUGUUACAUUACUUAUAUACCCCAUGUUAUAUAUAUAUAUAUAUAUAUUUAUCCCUACUUGCUUCCAUAAUGGACGUUCUAACACUGAAGAUAUUCAUAACAUUAGUUGUUUUCUAUUGUGUUAAUGCCGCUUGCCCACCUAAUCCAAAGGUUAAAGCAGCAGAAUGCGGGCAAGUAUUUACACAAUUUGGUAAAACCCAGGCGGAUCAACGACAGGCUAUGUGUCCGGCUGUUUAUAACGCUGUGUAUUGCUUAGUUAAUCUGAUGAAGGAAUGUAAAGAGUUUGAAAAUUCCGCAGAUCCAGAAUCUUUCAAGAAGAAAAUCCUACCUUCAAUAGAUCACGUGUGUGCCCCAGGAAUGGUAGAGGAAUCUGUUAAUCCGUGUAAUAGAAGUGGUUUUGCACAGAUGAUCAAUCAGUGUUCAGAUCUAGCCUUAGAAGAAUAUAACGUUAGAGGUGAAGUUUGUAGGUAUGUGGUCAGUAAAGGUAACUGUAUGGAAAACGUGUUAAAUCACUGCAGAAAUGUACUUGCAAACAAUAUGCCGGGGAUGGAAGAAUAUGAGGCAUAUAUUGGUCGAUAUAGGGAAGCUUGUAAAAAAGGGGAAACACCCAAAAUAACUUUUGAGAACAAUUAUGUGAAUCCACCAGAUGGUUAUGUAAAUGAUAAUGCCGGAGGGAAUACACCUGUUAUAACGGAACCGAAUGGCGUGAAUUUUGUGAAAUGCAGCGAACUGGCCCAAAAAUGUGUCAAUAUGUCAAUGGAAAAUACAAAACCAGAAUGCCCGGUAAUGAAAGCUACCGUUAAAUGUAUGGACGAGGUUAUGACUACGUGUAACAGUUUAUUGCCAGAUUCCUUCAGAUUGAAAAUAGAAUAUUCAAGACAAGAAUACCAUAUACAAUGUGAGAACGAUAAUGACAGGGUCGGCGGUACAGAAUCAGGGAUGCCGGGAAAUAAUAAUGAUAUGGGACAGACGGUUUCUGGUGAAAAAGAAUUUGAUAUUACCAAAUUCAAACCUAAAGGAGAAAUAACAGUAGUAGAAUGUAAUCAUCUGAUAAAGUUAUGUUCUGAUAUGAUAGUUAAUAUUUAUAGACCGGAAGAAGAACAAUGCAGGAAAAACGAAAGAAUACGCCAUUGUUUGAUGUCGACCAUACAUAUGUGUUUGUUUGUUUUACAACCAGAAUUAAUCGCCGACCUUAGACAAUCUGUUGACCUGUACAAAACAUGUAAAAUCGACCCAUGUCCCAACCCUGACCGUGACUUUGAACAAUGUGAAGAUAUAAUGGAUGGAGUUAAACCACAUGGGAUAUGCAAAGCUGGUUAUAUCACCCUAGAGUGUUACAAAGUCUACAUGGCAAGAUGCGAAGACAAAAUGACAAGCUAUAUGAAAGGCGGGGUUAGAGAUUUCAAAGCAUUCAUAAAGCGACGUUGUGGCUACUGAUCACAUUUAUCAGUUAUUUCAUUGAAUGAAUUUUAAAAGACAUAAAUAUUAUAGGGAACAUAUUAUUGUAUAUGUACUUUUCAAUAGGUUUAUUUCUGGAGAAAAAAUUAUGUUAAAAUCUAAA